UACUGCAUAUUUCAGAAAGUAAACAAUGCAAACUGGUUUCUGAUCCGAGCAUAUAGUAAAUAGUACUGCAAGCAUUAGAGUUUAGUCAGCUUGUGAACAUGAGGGGCUUAAUACUGCUCCUGUGCUUAAGUGGAGCAUAUGCGCAGUUUAGCCGCGGUACAUUCCAGAGUAGUAAAAAACAAGAUGGAGGAUCGUCAGCUGACCAAUCCCAGGUGAAGGAUGGACCUGGAAUUUCCGAAUCCGUGGAAGAUUUAUGCGUGGAUCGACCACCUAAUGAAUACUUCAGAUUGAGUACCGAAGGAGAUUGCCGUGAUGUAGUGCGAUGUGACAGAGCUGGGAUAGCUGGUACCAUUAGACUGGCAAGUGUGAAGUGUCCCUCCGGACUUGCUUUUGAUUUAGAAAGGCAGACUUGUGAUUGGAAGGCAAAGGUCAAUAAUUGUGACCGGCUCAGCAAGCCUCGACUCACCUUGCCCAACUUGAACACUGAAGAACCUGUCUGCCCUGACGGUCAACUUCAGUGCGGGAACGGCGAGUGUAUUGCCAAGAGUAACUUCUGUGACAAGAAGCCUGACUGUGUGGAUGGAAGUGAUGAAAAUGCCUGCAGCGUUGACGAUGAUCCAAAUAGGGCUGAUGUGUGCGACACUGCUACCUGCCUGCUGCCAGAAUGCUACUGCUCUGCCGAUGGAACAAUUGCCCCAGGAAUUGAUACUAUUGAGGUGACCAAUAUUCCCAUGAUGAUUACUCUCACCUUCAGCGGGGCCGUCAAUGGAGAAAAUAUCAAUGUUUAUAAUAAGAUUUUCCACAGCGAGAGAUUGAAUCCUAAUGGAUGCACUGCUAAAGGAACUUUUUUUGUGUCUCACAAGUACACCAACUACUCAGCUGUACAGGAGUUGCAUAGAACUGGACAUGAGAUUGGAGUAUUUUCUAUAACUAAUGAUGAGGAUCCGGAUUACUGGACUCAAGGAUCUUAUGAUAAUUGGUUGGGAGAGAUGGCAGGGGCAAGAUUAAUUAUUGAACGGUUUGCCAACAUAACUGAUAACACUGUUGUGGGGGUCCGUGCACCAUACCUCAGGGUUGGAGGAAAUGAGCAGUUUGCGAUGAUGGUUGAUCAAUAUUUCGUUUAUGAUUCUUCUAUUACUGCACCUCUUGGUAGAAUACCUCUGUGGCCCUAUACUCUCCACCAUAGAAUGCCACACAAGUGUCACGGCAAUGCCCUGAACUGCCCAUCCCGUGGGCACCCUAUCUGGGAGUUUCCCAUCAACGAGCUGGAUCGACGAGAUGACCCAGAGUUCGAUGAGAGUUUGACCGGCUGUCAUCUUGUGUCCUCUUGCUCAAAUAUUUACCACAAGGAUCAGUUCCGCGCUCUUCUCCAGCAUAAUUUCCAGCGGCAUUAUGGAACUAACCGCGCUCCACUCUCCCUUUCAUUCGACCCUGCCUGGCUUAUCUCCAAUAAAGGGUUCGAUGAUGUUCUCAACGAGUGGAUGGCACAUGUUCUGCUUACCUACCCUGAUGUGUAUUUUACUACGGAAAUACAGGUUCUAGAAUGGAUGAUAAACCCUACCAGUACUCAAUUGCUGCGUGAUUUUGAACCAUGGAAGGAGAAGUGUAUUGUGACCGGUCAACCUCUCUGCUCGCUGUCCAACCCCUGUCCUCUCACCACCAGAGAGUUACCUGGAGAAACCCUCAG